GCAAAUCAUACUGUGCUAUAUCAAGUUAACAAAUAUAAUAUCCAAACAUUAAUUAUUGCUCUUAUACUUCCAUGUGGGACUUAGUGAACAUUUUGGCAUUUGUUACUUUCAUUACUUUUAUUAAUAGAAGAAAAUAAGUAUGAGUAGAGUACUAUCAAAGUAAUAAACAGUAAAAUUUCUUGUAUUUAUAAAGACUAAAUAACAGCAAGGUGGUAAUUUUUAUUAAACUAAUUAUUGGAUCUGGUUUCAUAUUUUCAACUUAUUAGGAAGCUAAUAGGCACCUACGAGUGACCUUAGUUUAGUCACACUGGUAGUCAAUGUAAGCAUACUGUUUCAAGAUAAGUUAAUUGGUUAGAAAACAAUUCACUUUUUACCAGUUAAGUACAAGCAAUAAAAAACAGUACUUUAUGAAGCUUAUUCAAAUGAUCGAAGUACAAUGAUGGUAGUAUAAUUAUCUUAUGAAACUAAACAAACAAAUAAUGAGCAGCAAUGAGAUAAUAAGGGCAAAAUCAACUAAUGUACCUAGAGUUUUGAUACAGCAUGCAAACACAACUCCUGAACAAACAUCACUUCGUAGACGUAGCAUAUAUCUUGUCUAUCCACCACCAGUAAAUUAUGAUCCAGCUCCACCGCCUAGAAUUGAUCCUUACUUCAAUUCUAAACAUUCUAAAACUAUGCUAGCUGAAACAUCUGAUGCAAGCUAUUACAUUCAUGAACGUACAAAUCUUAUGUUACGGAAAGAAUAUGAUAGAUUUCAUAAUCAUUGGUCUUCAUAUUACUAUGGAAAUAAACGAGAUAAAGAAGAUUAUCGGAAAUACAUUCGUGAAGGUUUGAAACAACAAAUGAUGGAUAAACUAAAGAAAAAGAAAGAAGAAUGGCUAAUUAAGUCAGCAGAAGCUAGAGAAAUCCAGGAUGAUUGUGAAAAAUACUUUCAUGAUAAAAGUGUUGGUGAUCAGCAGAAACGUGCAUUUCUACUUACUUUUAGAGAUAUGAAUAAAAAGAUUAUGGAAGAAAAUGAAAGAAUUAGAAAAGUUGAGAAACAAAAUGAAAUUGAAGCAGAUAGAGAACAGUUGAAAUUCAAUCCCAUCAACUGGAGACAUACACUAAAAUAAGAGAAAUUAUAAUUUGUAAUUUUCACGUAUUUUCUUCUUAAAAGAAAUACCCUUGAAAUCCAUGCAUUAAAAGUUUCAUUAUGUG